UGGCCGCUGGAUUUUCUUUGGUGCACCGACCAAGACUGGACAACGAACAACAUGCCGACUGACUCCGCCAUUGAGUCCGCUCUCAAGAGGGACGAUGAGUUGCUGAAGAUUCACGCGGAGUUCGUCCCAGUGAUGCUCAGCCACGAGGAGUUCUGGAAACGAUACUUCAGGACAGUUGACGCCAUUGAACGCUACCCGGGAUGGACCUCCGAACAAAUGGAGCGGCAGAUAAGGUCAGCGAGCCAGGCGCUGCAAUACUCUCUGAAGAAGCACGACGUCUUGGACACUGUCGCCAGCAGCGCGCCGAGUGCUUUCCUCCUGCGAAACCUGGCAAACGCCGUCCGUGACGCGGAACCGUACACAUCCGUGAAGGAGCUAGCAGACAGUAUCUACUCUCCCUCUGGCGUCUUGUUCCGUGCUGUUGAGAAGACCCUGAACGGCUCCUCGUGGCUCCCUGUUGCUACCACACCGGAAACACCCCCUGUAGAAGCUUCCCUCUCGGAUUGCUCAAACGAGGACGCGGUUCGGAUUCUCUUCAAAUCAGCAGGGGAAAUGGAUGCAUUCACCUGCGGCUGCUGGCGCGCCCUCACAAACUUCUCCCCCAACUCCAACCACUACUCCUCAUCCAACGGCUCUCAGCUCUCCUCAUCCAACGGUUCUCAUCUCUCCUCAUCCAACGGCUCUCCAAUAAGCAACCGCGGCUGCUGCUUCCAGGACACCGACCUGGACCAGGACCGGAUCUCCCUCCCUCCCCUUCGCGAGAUCUCUCUCAGCAACGCAUCUGGACCGUUGAACGCUCCACCUGGAUCGCCAUCAACGGCGUGCGGUUCACCUGCUGGGUCGUACGGAAAGGUGGUGCUGAAAUCCCUGCACGGCGCUCCUGCUGGGAGCCUGGCUGUGCGACUGGGCGAGCUGAUGGCGGGGAUUGGCUCGCCUGAAGAGAUGGCUCGCCUAUGGCUUGAAGCCAUGCAAGAGGUGCGGGAUCGGUGGGAAGAGGGAAUCGCCAUCCCACACGUGUACGCAGAGAGGGAGGGGCCAGACGUGGGGGUGUGUGGCGUGCUGCAGCAGUGGCAGGUGCUCAACUGCGCCGUGGCCAGGAAGCGGUGGCGCAAGGCACGAGUCAGCACCGACAUUCAGAGGCACCUGCAGCACGCGCACCUGCAGCAGCCGGACUGCUUCCCCUUCUUUUCGGAAACGGCUGCUGGGGAUUUCGGGAGGUUCGAGCCGACGCUGUGCAAGACGUGUGGGAGUUAUAAUCUGUGCGAAGUGCUGCUAGAAGUACCCCUGGAAUCACCGCCUUGCCGGUCGCCCAAAGGCGGAUCCCCCAGGCGUUCUGCUGAGGAGAUCGGGUGUGUGCUGAGUGAUCAGAAUGACCCCUGCUCCUGGGCCUGCUUCCCAGACGCAUCUGAAACAGCUGCGACAGGGAAGUUUCCUGACCCGACUGGGACCGAGACUGAGACUGGGAUUCCUCCCACAGGGCGGGCAGGAGAAGAAUCUGGAGGCGAGUCGGGAGGGAUGCGGCUGCUGGUGACGGGGGCGCGCAUGUGCGUACCAGAGGUGCAGGAUGGGCCGCUGAUCACCAGCAUGUAUCUUGCAGAGCUGGAAGAAGCGGUCAUGCACACGGGCAGUCUCAACAUCGCUCACAAGAGGCUUUUUUCAGACAUGCAGGCAUUCAAGGCUGCAAAUCCGGGGUGCAUACUGGAGGACUUUGUGAGAUGGUACUCACCAGCUGACUGGUCCAGUGAUGCUCCUUCCACCAGAAUGGGAGGAGGGGGAGCAGCAGAGGGAGGAGGGGGAGGAGGAGCGGAAGGGGAAGCAGGAGGGGAGGAGAGUGGUUCCAGCGAGGAAGGCGGGUGUGAGGGAGGAAAGGGAGAGCGCAGCAAGAUUGGAUACCUGAGCACACGCAUGUCGGGCCCAGACAACAAGUGGAGACUGUAUUGGAGUGAAGCCAAGCCCAUGCCAGCCCUCCUGCAGCCGCCUCUCUUCGAUGAGUGUGAGGCUGGGGCAAGGAGCCUGGAGUAUCUGGAGAGCAUCAGCCCAUCAGAGCUCUUCAUUCAGCUCUUCACCUGCCUCGUAAGCCCCCUCUCAUGCAUCCUGUUCUUGGUGACUUUUGAGUCGACUCAAAAGUGA